AUGCCUGCGCCACGUAUGAUUCUGUCGGCACAGAGAGGCCACUUCGGUCUUCUGAGCUCGCCAGCCUUCCGUGCUCUGCUCGUAAGACAAUAUGCCACCGUCAAAAGGUCUGCAGAAACGCCUGCUUCCGAGAAACCUAGGCAGCCUGCGAGUACGUUCGCUGGUCCCACUGCGUCCGAGAAGUCGACCAACGAUUCUGCUGUUAUGCGCACCUACAAGCCACGAACCCCCGGUGUGCGACAUUUGAAGCGCCCUAUCAACGACCACUUGUGGAAGGGCCGCCCUUUCCUGCCCCUGACCUUUCCGAAGAAAGGACAUGGAAAGGGAGGACGCAACUCUUCUGGGAAAAUCACCGUUAGACAUCGCGGAGGUGGCGCCAAGAGGAGGAUACGCACUGUCGACUUCGAACGCCGGCAACCAGGCCCGCAUCUCGUUGAACGCAUUGAGCAUGAUCCUGGCCGCAGUGCUCAUAUUGCAUUGCUAACAAACCAAUCCACCGGCAGGAAGAGCUACAUAGUAGCUUCUGAAGGCAUGCGGGCCGGCGAUGUUGUUCACAGUUACCGUGCUGGCAUUCCCCAAGACCUUCUCGACGCCAUGGGUGGUGUAGUUGAUCCCGGUAUUCUGGCCGCCAAGACUGCGUGGAGAGGCAAUUGUUUACCCAUGCAUAUGAUACCGAUUGGAACUGUCGUCUUCAACGUUGGCUCCAAAGCCAAAGGCGGGGCAGUCUUUUGCCGGAGCGCGGGCACAUACGCGAUUGUUGUGUCCAAGGAGGAGGAGACCAAGGACGACGGAACCAGGGUCAUGACGGGCAAGUAUGUCAACGUUCGCCUCCAAAGUGGUGAAAUCCGCAGAGUCAGCAAGGAUGCCUGCGCGACAAUUGGAGUCGCCAGCAACCCGCAUCACCAGUACCGACAACUGGGUAAGGCGGGAAGAAGUCGUUGGCUCAACAUUCGCCCGACGGUCCGUGGUGUUGCUAUGAACUCUGUUGACCAUCCUCAUGGAGGUGGUCGUGGAAAGUCCAAAGGAAAUCGCCACCCAACAAGUCCAUGGGGCACUCUGGCCAAGGGAGGUUUCAAAACCCGUCGCAAGCACAACUUCAACAAAUGGGUUGUCGAACCCAGAACCCGCAAUAUGGGCAAGAGGAGGGACAAGAGCUCGGCUUAA